AUGCCAAUACCCGCCAGUGCCUUUGGCCUUGCGCAGGCCGGCAUUUUGCAGCGAGCCUUGCUCUGUUUGUGGACCAAAGAUGUGUUACGCUUCGCCCAAAGUUCAGCGCUCUUCUACGACCGCUGCUUCUCACCUGAGGCGCACAGCGCCUUCCAGUCUGCCGCGGCAGAUCUGCCCUCUGAGGCCUCCAAGGGCCUGCAGACACCGGAAGAUCUGUGGCUGCAUGGCCUCCUUCCGUUGAGGAGCAUCGGCACAUACGCCAUGGCCUGGAAGAAAGCACAAUUGCAGCUGGCAAUGCCUUCAAGUGUUGAGCACCUGUUUGGUGAACCCUUGAGCUUCGAUACCUGGCAGGACGUGGAAGCUGCCGGGGUGAUGUGGCUGGAGUUGUCCGAACUCGAUGGCACUGGCUGCGUGAACUACGUCACCGAGUUCAAGUGGAGGCCCGAGACCAUGCAGUCCUUCUUCGCGGUGCCUGGAAGUUCCACCAGCAGUGGCCUGGUGAAAUUCACCGUGGAGGACCCCUCAGGAGACAUGGAACUGGAUGACGACUUGAAGUUUCGGGUCAAUCUGAUUCCUGAGCAAAACGAGGAGGAGGGAGCCAUGAAGAACCUCCACCGCAUGUCACUUGCGUUGGUGGGCGGCAAAAGUUCGUCCAAGAUCUACCAGAUCUUUUUCCACACCGUAGAUCCCACCUACCAGGUGCACAUCAACGUGCCGGAUCACCGACAACCCAUUUUUCCCACCAAUGAGGUCUUCCACCAGUGGCAUCCGCUGAUGGCUGGCCUCCGAAGGCGUCCACGAUUGAGGUUUCUGAUUCGCUUGAAGCCUAUGGACAGUGGACCCCUAGACGCUAUGUGUGGGUGCUGUGGCUGA